AUGCGGGUGCACCGCAGGGAGUCACUCUGGGCAGACAAGGAUUACAAGAAGGCCAACCUGGGAACCAAGUACAAGUGCAACCCCUUCGGAGGAACGUCUCAUGCCAAGGGCAUCGUGGUGGAGAAGAUCGGCAUUGAGGCGAAGCAGCCGAACUCAGCCAUCCGAAAGUGCUGCCGAGUGCAACUGAUCAAGAACGGCAAGAAGAUUGCAGCGUUCGUCCCCAGAAUGGAGUCUGGCAGUGCAGCACUUCCAGCCCGGCGAUGGGCUGCCCUUCUGUUGACUGCCUCCAUAGGCAUUGUGUCAGCAGCAGAUGACUUGGUGCAAACGGUGGACCUGUACCGUGCGAUGGCGAAGCCUCCGGACGGCAAGGAGACGAACCCAGUGUCCAACAACAAUUUGGCAGACGUCAUGGGUGUGUUGCGCUACGUUCAUCAAGAGGUUAUCGUGGAGCACGUUGCUGGUGAUCCAGAGCGAACUUCCAGGAAGUACGGCAUUGAUUCCUUCGGUCACUACCGGAUGAAAAUCCGGAAUCCGGAUUCCAUCCUCAAGGACCCGAGCAAGCUGGCCAUGCCUGGCUUCGGGCGCUACGGAGCCUUCGACUAUGGCGUUGCCACAUCUCUGGACCUGCUGGAGGGGGUCGUGGCCAAUGGUGAUUACGUCGGAAUCUCCAAGGAGGAUUCUCCGCAGAUCAACUUCACCCAUCCAUGGUACUGGUUCUCUGUGGACGGAGAUUGCCCAAAUCUGCCUUGGCAGUGCGUAAAGCCUUUCGACGGAUGUACGGCCGAGGCGCCGCCGACGAAGCCUCAGCCUUGCGAUCCGGAGGGCUGUGCUGGCAAACAGGACAAAGAUGCGCGCAACUGCAGCUCGAAUCCACACUUCACAGAUCCUUCGGACACCGACACGGCACGGAAGUGCUGCCUGCACUACAGUCAGUUUCCUGACAAGGUGAUCAUGGGCGGAUUGUGCAACUCCUCCGUCAAGGAUCCAACGGGAGAAAUCGGCUGCGUCUAUACCUACCAGGCUAUGGGAGACAAGGACUUCGUGAACAUCGACGACCUAAAUGGAAUCACGAGCAUGCCGUGCGGGUCGGGUGGGAAGAGGAAGUGCACCGGCUGGAAGGAUUGGCGACAAAACUGCUACGACCCGAAGGGGACCUACAAGAAGAAGUUCCACUGCAAGGACUGCAGCUCCACGAGCCCCAAAUGGGACGUUGCGAUCGAGAACACGAACUACUGCGUCGAGUACGACUUGCAUCCCUACUGCCAGCAAACACAGGAUCUCUGCAAGGAUCCACGAUGCAUGCAGUUGAAGAAGGAGGAAAAGGAGACGGGCCUUCCCUUCUGGAAGGGCAAGUGUGAAGUGCGGGACAACCAGCGUCGCGCUGAAGCAGUAGCGGAAUAUUUUCUCGGGGACUCCGUGAAGGAUUCCCACUGGCUGGUUGACAAGGCUGCCAUGGAUGCGAGCCCAGCCUGUGCAUCCAAAGACAGUUCCGUGCCCAAUCAAUGCACUCCGAAUCCUGAUGGCGGUCCAUACUGCACUCGUCUGUUCGGGGGCGUUUGCUCCUCCUGCUACAUCCCAAACACCGACCCGCCAUAUCCGGAUCCGACCUCCCAGCCGAUGUGCCCCUGGGACGUGCUGAAGGAGAAGGGCAAUGGGGAUGCAAAGCCAGUGCAGACGAAGUGUGCAUCGGAAGACCCGCUUUCUCUUUGCUGCCUCUAUGGCAUUACGACCUGUGGAAACGUGACUGGCACCGACGGCUCUGAUGCCGAGUUAACCGCGAAGGGCUACCUCAUGGUCGCCAGGAUGCAAGACAACAAAGAGAUGGUGAAGUUUGCGCAGCGCUACGUGGAGUCCUUCAAGGGUGCUGUGGUGGACCAGACCGCCUUCAGCAGUGACGUUUACUCCACGUGGCACUACCAGCCGCCGACCCUGCCUGAGCAGGCUUGGGACGACUUUGCAUCCACGGUGAACCAGAGCUCUGGCGUCAGUUUCAAUCCGGUCAAACCCACGCCGAAGCCAUCGGGGGGAGGAGGCCUGACCUGGCUCUGGAUCGUCAUCGCAGUGGUUGUCCUGGCCCUGCUGGGCUUUGCCGCUUUCAAGUACCGUCAAAACCAGCAGGGGAGGGCCGGAGGGCCGUUCCGCUUCGCAACGCGAUUCGCGCGCAGGUUUCACUGGGCGGACAUGGCAGUUUUUGUGCUGCCUGACGCCGUGGAGAGUCCACAGAUCGCGUGGUGUGAAGCCAGGGAUGGUUGCCUCAACUUCAUCGAUGAGAACGACGAGGUGCUCGUCUCCGGCUUCGGGCGACGCGGGCAUGCCGUCGGCGACAUUCCCGGUGUGCGAUUCAAGGUGGUCAAAGUUGCUGGCUGCGGUCUUGGAGCCUUGUACCGCAACAAGAAGGAGAAGCCUCGAUCCUGA